AUGUCCAAUAUCCCUAAAGUCUUGACUAUUGCAGGCAGUGACAGUGGAGGAGGUGCAGGCAUCCAAGCAGACAUAAAAACAUUGACAUCACUUCGUGUUUAUGCAACUUCAGUCAUUACCUCAGUAACAUCUCAAAAUACACUAGGUGUUGACGGCAUCCAUGACAUUCCUCCAGAAUUUGUGGUAAAGCAGCUAACAGCUGUGUUGAGUGAUAUUGGCACAGACGCAAUAAAGAUUGGCAUGCUCUCCUCAGCUGCCAUCAUUAAUUCUGUUGCUACUACCUUGAAACAAUUCCCAGAGCAAGCAAGAUAUGUUGUCCUUGAUCCUGUCAUGAUAUCUACGAGCGGGUCUCGUUUGCUAGCAGCGGAUGCUAUUCAUGCUCUUGUAACAACUUUAUUACCCCUAACUUACAUUCUGACUCCAAAUGUUCCUGAAGCAGAAGUACUCUUAAAUUUACCAGCUGGAUCUAUCUCCACACUUGAAGCUAUGCGUUCAGCAGCCAAGAGUAUUGCAAGCUUAGGCCCAAAAUAUGUACUAGUAAAGGGUGGUCAUUUGCCGUUUGACAUGAAUGGGAAAAAACAAGUCAUUGACGUACUUUAUGACACCACAAAAGAUGUAUUCUUUGAAAUCGUUAAUGGAUUUGUUGAUACCAGAAACACCCAUGGUACUGGAUGCACACUAUCUGCAGCUUUAGCUGGUGAAUUAGCGAAGGGAGCCACCGUCGACAUUGCUUGUACAAACGCUAUUCGCUACGUUAAAGUAGCCAUCAAUCAAGCUCUUCCUGCAAUCGGUAAGGGCAGCGGGCCGAUCAACCACUUUCAUCCUUUAAGAUGGUCACCAUAUGAAGGCAAGACUCUAUUGACAGCCAUAAAAGAAAAGCUACCAAAGAAUCUGUGGUUUGAAUUCAUCCAUCAUCCCUUUGUGCGUGGUAUUGCUGAUGGGACACUACCUACCGAAUCCUUCGUUUACUAUCUCAAGCAAGAUUAUCUUUAUCUACAGCACUAUGCAAGAGCAGCGGCUCUUGCCUCUUACAAAUCCAAAACAAUGAUAGACAUCGAAGCAAAUGCAGCUAUUGUACUCCAUAUUGCUAAAGAGUCACAGCUGCACUUGAACUACUGUGCCAAAUGGGGUGUAACAAAGGAGGAGGUACUCAGUACUCCUGAAAGCGUGUAUAACGCAGCUUAUACUCGCUAUGUUUUGGACAAGGGAAUGUCUGGCGACUUACUUGACUUGAAGGCGGCUAUGGCACCUUGCUUGAUUGGAUAUGGAGAGAUUGGAUUUAUGUUGUUCAAUGAUCCUGCAACAAAACGAGAAGGAAACCCUUAUUGGGAUUGGAUUUGUCAAUAUGCCGCUGAUGACUAUCAAAAAGCGGUAUUAAGAGGAAUAGACGAGCUUGAAGCAUUGGCAGAACAUAGCAUAUCUUCAUCAGAGACCCGGUUUAAGGAAGUAUGUAGUACAUUUGAGCAGGCUGUUCGUUUAGAAAUUAUGUUUUGGGAGAUGGGCAUCCGUCAAUGCUAA